AUGAACCCUUUAACCCUCACCAGAGCUUUUAUAGUGGGAGAAAAGAAAGCACACGAUGAGCAAAAGUGCAGUGCUGACAGAACCAGCAAUCUUCCAAACGAUAUUUUGUACCAAAUACUCUCCUUGUUACCCGUCAAAUACACAGCACGAACCAGUGUUUUAUCUAGAAGAUGGAGAUAUCUAUGGACUUGCGUUCCCGUCCUCGACUUCUGUGCGGGCUUCACAUCUGAGGUCGAUGAUACAAAACGGAUGCAGUUCAUAACCACUGUUUUGACUCGUCGUCAAGAAAACUCCAACAUAAAGGUUUUUCGCAUUGGGAGUGAAGAAUCUAGAGAUGCGAGUUUUCAAUUUUUACAUGACUGCAUCUGCUGGGUUGUGCAGCAUAAUCAGGUUGAAGAAAUUGUACUCUAUCUGAAGAUCGUAAAUGGCAGGUUUGAUUUGCCUCUUUGUGUAUGUGAGAGUGAUUCAUUGAGGAGUCUCACACUGGCAGCCACUAGCGGUUUUUCCUUUCUCCGUGUUAGGAUGGCUACUACUACUAUUGGUCUCCGUUCACUUCACACCUUGUCUUUAAUUCGUGUGAACUUCUUGGAUAAUAGGGAUUUGGUUAUGGAUUUCUUUUCUGAUUCAACAUUCCCUUUCCUUGAGAAAUUGACCAUUUUAAUAUGUAGAGGAAUACGUGAUCUCAAAAUAAGUUGUUCGCGCCUUGAAUAUGUACGAGUGUUCCGAACAGAUUUAUUUAGGCUGCACAUAUGUGGAAUGAGACUAAAGAAUUUGGACGUCGUGGGCUGUUUCGUCAAUGCAACUCAAAGUUUCGUCGACAUAUUUGCUCCAAGUCUGCAGACGUUUCGUUGGAAACAUAAUUACCUUACAACUGGGAAAUAUUUGAACCAAAUCUCUCCUACCAUGAGAACAUCUGACGUAAAUUUUUUGGUCCAGGGCAAUGAUAUUAGCAUGGCGAUGACUUGUGUCGCAGUCAAUCUUUUGUGCGGAUUAUCCCAUGUUCAACAACUUUUCCUCAGCAUCGACGCUCUCCAGGUUUUAUCCAGAAUAUAUUUCGAAGAUGGUCUACCAAAUUCAUUUGUGAAACUUCAGACGUUAGAAAUUCAAACUGAGGGAUUUGGCAAACGUGAGAUCCCAGGUCUAACGUGCCUGCUCAAGAGCUCUCCCAUACUCCAUACUCUCAAAAUCGACAUAUCCAAUGGCAGCGACCAGAAUGAUGUAUGGAACAACAGUUUGUUGGACAUUACUAAAUGCACUGAAGAACAAUACUGGGAAAGUCAAGCUCAGGUUUUGAGUCCCUCCCUGUGUCAUCUAAGGGUGGUGAAGAUCGUUGUUGCCAGUUAUCCUAUGAAUCUUAUGAUCCCCGAGAGUGUGAUUAGCGUUGUGAGGGUUUUACUUCAACAUGGAGGAGGAUUGCAAGACAUGGUUCUUGGUUCUUAUCACCCGACAUAUUUCCGAGAUCCUUGGAAGGAUACAAUUGGUUUAAUAGAGGGAUUUCCGCGAGCAUCUGCCAAAGUCAAAAUCUCAAUCGUUUUGCUUGCUGACUGAUUGUUUUUCAAUGCGCAUGGAUCCAUGUAGAUGAUGAAGCUAUUAGCUGGUUCUUCAUGUUUAAUAUGUGAUCAAAACGAAAAUGUAACUAAAAACAUCUCCCUUGUAUGCAAAUUGAAUACAAACAAAAAUGUAACUAAAAACAUCUCCCAUGUAUGAAAAUGUAACUAAAAACAUCUCCCAUGUUUGAAGAA